GCGGUUACUAUGGCUACGGCACCCAGCCGCCAGGCGUCCCUCUCUGGUCCCAGGCUGGCAGAGGAAAAAGGCAGCAUCAUGAGCCGCGUAGUGACCAUCGAGGAGCCCCGGGCCAACCGCCAGGUGUUACAACACCAGGGCGGGGAGAGGUCGAGGGCCGGGGGCUACACGUCCACCAACCGAGCGUACGAUUUCCUGUACGAUCCAUUGUUUAUUGUGUCAAGUGAGAAAGACCACACACAGGCAAAUAUCCAAGCCACCCUGGCUCGAAGCAGACUGAGAAAAGUUCCCAGGUUUAGAACUAUGUUCAGUAACCUGGUACGUUAUCCAAGCUAUUCUCUGUACUGGAGCAAGUCGGAUCCAGUACCCCCCUUCAUCAGUCGAGAAUGGAAGGGACAUGUGGAGAGACAGAAAGAAGCCCUGCGACAGCUGACCUCAACUGAUGCUUCUUUUAAGAUGCCUAAAGAAAUUGAUGAAGACCCUGAAAUCACUGGAAAGAAUCGCUAUAAAUACUUUGACAGGAUGGAACCCUACGCUUUUCCUUCUGCUUCUUCUAAGUACCCACACAUUCCUUCAAAGUCUACUGUGGGCACUCAGACUGAUUAUCGAGAUGCUGACGUUCAAACUGACCCAUAUUCUCCAGAAUAUGUAGUAUGUCAGAACACUAUCCCCGAGCUCCUCACCCUGGCUACUCUGACCUGGGGUCGAGGUCUCCCAGCGGGACUGGCUGAGGUGGAGAUGAUAGAACGAGCCCGGGAAAAGCGUGCCUGGGAAGCCACUCUCCCUGCUCUGAAUGACAGCUCCCAAUUUGAGAAGAGAAGGAAGAUGAUGGACGCAAUGGAGAGGAAAGAGUGGGCCUUCAGAGAGCAGGAGAUUGAAAAACUUCAAGAAAUUCGCCUGGAGAUUUUAAAAAAGCUGCUGAAGAAACGUGAUGAGAAUCAAAAUGAAUUGAACACAAAGCACUUGGAUGCCCAGUGGUGUAAACUGCAGGAAGCAAAACAGGCAAAAGUGGCCCAAAUCCAGCGCGCACAUGUCUCAACUAUCAGAAAACUUGUAGGAAAGAGGAAAAAUAUAGAAGGGAAAUUGAAGAGAAGAGAUAUCAUCAAAGAAUAUUCUGAUUAUGCAUCACAAGUCUAUGGGCCUCUGUCUCGCCUUGGUCAUUUCCCAGACAACAACUCAGAGGACUUUAUAGUAAAAAAUCACUAUCUGAGCACUUAUGAAGGUUUAGUUGAACUUGAGUCAUGUCUCCCAGAUUUUGUGACAAAACCAAUAAUCAAACCUCCAAAACCAAAAGUCAUUACCACCAAAGCAGGUUUCCUAAAGAGGGGAAUAAGGAUGGACUAUGAGUUAGCAGAGGUCCAUAAGGCUUUGUUGAAUAAGAAAAAUAAAACUCUUGAAGCAAAGAAACCUCUACGCUUCCUUCAAAAAAAGCCCAUAUCGCAGCCUCGGCUUCCAACUCCAAGCUUGGCAAUGACUUCCAAUGAAGAAGAAGACAUAGAAAUGGCUGUGAUCUACCUUCAAAAGUUACUGCGUGGCAGGGUCGUUCAGAACAUGAUGUUUGAAGGGAAAGAAAAGCGACUGGAGUUGAUCCAGGAGCUGCGCACCAGCCACGCAUUACAAGAAGAUGAGAAGCUGGUGAAAAAAGCUGAGAAGCAAGUGAUCCUGGCCUUACAGCGGCAGAGAAACUUGCAUGAGCAUAAGGUAUCACUGCUUGAAAACCACUUGGCUGGCCUGGAAGGAAGGGCGCUGGCAGACAUGCUUGACUUCCUGUCCAAAGAGCUCAUGAGACUGCAAGAAGAGAGGCGGAUCCACGCCUUCGCCAUGCUGGCCGAGCGCCAGCGGCGGAUGCGGGAGGCAGAGGAGAGCGGCCGGCGCCAGGGGGAGCACAGGCGCCUGCUGGAGGAGGAUCAAAUGUUUAAGGAGGUGAUUAAAGUUCACCGAAGUACUGUAACCUCCUAUCUGGAAGACAUAAUAUUGAAUACUGAAGAGAAUACUGCGGAAGAACAAGCCAGAGUAGAAAUAGAAAAGAUGGCAGAGGAAAUCAAUGACAUCGCAUAUGAAAUGGAAAGUCGACGAACUCAUCUUCAGUCAGAGGAGAUUGUUGCUGAGUUGGUUUAUAGUUUUCUGAUCCCAGAGGUGCAAAAGGACUUUAUCAAAGAGAAAGUGAGGAAUUCGCAGCGGAAGCACAUUCUUGCAGCUCAUCAGAUCAUCCACAGGCACACAGAAACCAUGCUCCAGCAGAGCUUUACUGAGCAACAGCAAGAUGAGGUCUCAAAUGCUGACCAGAUACUUGAAGAAAAAACUCAAAAUGAGACUAACAGCUAAGCAUGUGAAGUUUAUCAAAGAGACAAGUAGGUGAUGAAGGAGAGGCUGUCUUACAACAUCCCGAAAGGGAUCUGUCCCGUGUUUCCUUGUACAAACAUUUGACAACAGAAGAAAAUCCAAUGGCGAACUGGGGAAGAUCCAGAAAUACUCUUCUCACUGUUUACUGUAUGUUUAAUAAAGAUUAAAGACAUUAUUUCAAAAUA